CUCCUGCAUGGUCGAACGCGUGCGCACGCACUGCUCGACUUCCUCGGGCCACGCGACGCCCUAACCCCAUUUCGUCACAGGCCAUCCACGCCGCAAAGCACGGGACUUUAAUAUCUCCACUGGGUUCCUUCUGUGUUGACACUCUGUACGUGCCACGGUUCUGUCGCUGUUUACUCCCGUAGUUUAAUCGAUCGCUUCGUUAGCGUGGAAUACAACAUUUCGUCAAGCUGUCGCCCAAAAGGAACAAGGGUGCCACCGGAAGGUUGGCAGCCAUGACAGCGCCACCAUGGAAGGAGGCUGCCAGUCUCAUAGUUGUGAGUCGUGCACCCAUCCGCGAUGUGGUUGGAAAGGACUUGGCUUCAGCAAUGAUAGCCACCACAUGGAACAAUCAGACGUCACAUAAAAUAUCUCGAUGUGAUUACCGCAUUCUUAUGGUGAAACGUUCCAGUCUCAGUUCAUAUAUGGCCAAUGCUUACGUCUAUCCUGGUGGACUGUGUGAGAGGUGCGACUUUUCCUCUGAUUGGUGGCAAGUGUUUGAACGUGCUGGAGCAACUAAGGAAUCCCUCCUUCGAGACCUCUGUAGCAAUGCCCGAGGUGUUAGGCCACCAAUGAUUGCAAAGCCUUUGACGUUGACGCACAAUAACUUGAACCCCGAAGAGCAUCUGCCAGGUGAUUUGGCGUAUCGCAUCUCUGCCAUCCGCGAAACUUUUGAAGAAACAGGUGUGUUACUGCUAACUGACAAGGCAGCUUCUGGGACCGUCGUCACAACACAAGUAUUGGCUAAUGGCCACAAAAUCGAUGUUGCAGAAUGGCGCAAGCGUUUGCGUGAGGACCCAGCCAACUUUCUUAACCUAUGUCGGGGUUCUGGGUUGUGCCCUAACAUAUGGGCUCUCCACGAAUGGUGGGAUUGGCUGACUCCUGUGUCUGUAGGCCACCGGCGAUAUGACACCAUGUUCUACCUCUGCUGCCUCGAUCGACAGCCCAAUGUUGUGCUGGACCAGAGUGAAGUUAUUACACUAAAGUGGUGCACGCCUGAGAGCAUGCUGGAGGAAUACAGCACUGGAGCCCUGUUCCUGGCACCCCCACAAGUAUACGAGACAGCUCGUUUACUCAACAUUUCUAGCUUCAAUACUUUAAGCAAGUUUGCAGCAAGUAGGAGUGUGGAGGGAUGUCAGCAGUGGAUGCCUGUUAUUGCUUCAGCAAUCGAUGGGGCGGUGUCUUUACUUCCAGGCGACGACCUAUAUCCCGAGGAGCCAGACUACUUUGGUCGAGGUCCUGGACCUGAACUUCCCUUUACCCUCGAAGAACUUCGUCACCGAGCUCAGAACAUGCACCGUAUGGAAGUGCAGGGCCCAUUCUGUACAGCCUAUAGCAACAUCACUCCUCCAUGUGGUCAGUUGAAGCCUGUCACCUUUACUGGAUCUGAUGCACAUUUGCCAUCAAUGCUCUGAUUUUUUUUAGUCAUGAGCUAUACUGUUGAGUAAAAAUAAGAGGGCUCUCCUUUGAGGAUGUUUGGAGCAUGUAUUCUUUUGGUGCACUGUUAUAGAAAUUUGUGCAUGAAAUAUAGCCAUAUUAUAGUAGCGUAAUACCGUGGAGAAGCUCAUGUGGAGCACUGACAGCUUGCAGUGUGAUCAAUCUCAUCAAGGUAUUGGGCUAUGAUUAUGUACUACCAGCUUGCCUGCUCCUACUUCCCUUCCCUUAAUGAAAUAUAUUUGCACUGUGGGCAAAUAGUUGUACAGAUUUAGUUACAGUGCCUCAGGUAUAUGAAGUCGUGAAGGUUACAAGCAAUUAUCAAGGUCACUUUCCUGGAAGUUACGCAGGCCUGGUCUAUUCUUUGUGGUAUGAGCAUGUUGAGCUCUAGUGCUUCACCAUUAGAGCAGGCAUAUCACUCAGGAGUAUUUAUAGGUUGUAUUAAUUGUUCGGUACAAAUUACUCUGGUGGAUGUGUAACCUUGGUGAGUAGAUAAAGCUUUAACAAUAGUUCACAGCUAGUAAUGGUCAGCAAAAAUAAGUAAGCAGUGCCUUAUCAGUACAAUUGUCUUGUGUGUUUUUGAAUCCAGAUUGCUUUAGCUGUUAUGCACUAGCUACUGUACCAGUUGUUAUGCAGCGUAAUUCAAAAGAGAGAGAACCUGCCUGAACCUUUUUGGAGGUUAACCCUCUAAAAUAAAGUGCCUACAGCAUUGAAAUAUGAUGCAGGUGACAUUUUGAAAUCUUCCUAUUUGACAGCCUUUACUAACCUGUUUGAAAUCAUAAUUUGCUAUCUAGCUCAGUCAAGGACCACUACUAAUUACUUGCUGCACUAAUUUUAAAUACUCUUCCAAAGAGGAUGAAUCAGAGUUUGACUGACAUGCCAACAAUUUCUCAACUAUUUUGUUCUCUGUACAACCACCUUUGGUGGCAUCAUGUUUAAUUGGUGAUUUGCAGAGUUUAAAAUGGGUGCCAUCCUGCACAUAUGGAAAGUAAAGUAUCUACAAGUCAUACAUGUCCCGGAUGCAUAGAAAAAAUACUGUACUGUUUCUCACCUGAUUUAAACCUUGCACACCAAUGAUAUUUUUUUAUUUUGUAUGUUUUGUGACAGAGAAAUAACAAAAGCAAUGUAAAUCACCAUAUUUUUUUAUGAGGCGAGGCACUGUCUGUGUUGGUAUGGUGACCCCUAGGUGGCACAACAUACAAAUUGAACAGAAGUUAUUCAUGCUGAACAUAUCCACCUAGCAACCAUAAUAUGAACAAGAGAAAUGGUACUAAUGUACAAGAUAGUCAUUUGGGGCAGCAUUUUCAGCAGUCAGGAGUUGGUUGUAUGGCUUGGGUGAGUCGCUCUACAUGGGAGCGCAUGUGAUCUAGGAGAUCUUGACAGCAUGCACUCUAUGUUACAGUUUAGUGCGUCGCAUGGCAAGAAAGUGUCACAAGGUUAUUUAAUAAUGUGUGGGGACUUUUGACAACAUUUUGUGUUUCUCCUACGUGUGACAGAAUAGCAAUGGCAGAAAUCUGUGCUGCAAUGGCAGUCAAUACAAAUUACAUAGUAAUGUUUCAAAUACUAUUAGAGUUAGUGUUAAGCAGUACCCCUUGCGUUGAGCAGUUACUUUUUUUUUUUCUUCUGUUUGUUAUUUCCAAACAGGGUGGCACAUAUAGCAAAUAGAAGAAAGAGCGUGGGUAUACUGUUAGCAGAUAACAUGAAAAUUAUAUGAAGCAGUGCUUUGUCUAUCAAUCAAAACGCACUCCUGAGCGCAUCUGAUUCAAAGAACAACAUCCAUCAGGUUUAUUGAUGCUGUAGGAGGCAUAAAUUCCAAUUGAGGAAAAUCACAUGUGCUCGAUGGUCAGGGAUCUGUUUCCACCUCCCACCAUGAUCCUUCGUAUAAGAGAACACAUUAGUAUUGGCAGUGGUUUGUCAAAAAAAUGAGCACUCGCCUGGUAUUUCCAUUGUGUUCAGAAACUCUGGUUUACGCAGAGUUUCAAUAUUUUGGUGUUGCAGUGCCUUAUAUGUUGGAGACCUCAAGUGCCUGAAGGGGAAUAUUUGUGAGAAUAAAUGUAGAGAAUAUAUGUA